AUGUCGUGCCUCUCUCCAGAUGCCACUACAACCAUAACAUCUCGACCCAAACUCACCCUCCAAACCACUGCGCUGCCGCGCACCUUUGGCAGCUCAACAACGGGCCUUUCAUUCUCCUUCGCUGCAGCCCCAGCAGCCUCUCCUACCAUCCGUAACACUUUUAAAAAUGCCUACGAAGUCGCAUCACCCUCCUCGGCGACCACCUCACCCUCAAAAACGGCCCGCUUCAACCCCAAACCCACCUCGCCUUAUGUCCACACCAAUAAUAUCUUGUCUCGCAACCCAUAUCAACAACCCCUCGGUGUCCGCAGUAUCCUGCGCAACUCCCCCCUCGAGCCCCGACGGCGAUCGGGUUCCAUCUCCGCCGGCAAUGGUCCUUGCACAAACACCCGCCGGGUCUUUUUCCCCGCCAAAAAACAAGUCAGCUACCGGGCUCCCUUGGAAGAGGAAAUCCGGACGGAGCGCUACACGGCGCAGCACCUGGAUCUCGUGAGGGAGGCGGUGCACGAGGCAGACACCAUCCCACCCGCAACCGGCCGGCCCAGACCCGACGAAAACGACGACAAAGAAGACUCGGACUCAAGUGGCCCCUCCGAGAUCUCGGAUGACACCAGUGAUGAAAAUACCCGCGAUGAAAAUACCCACCCGCUCACCAAGACCGAGCGCAAGAAACGGCGCACCAUGAUUGCCGACCGCCAGGUUCGCGCUGUCGCGUUGCUGGAUGGCUUCGAGGCCGAUGGCUCCUCCACACCACAAACUCCCCGGCAACCCAGGGCUAAACGUCGCCGCGAGUGGAAGUGGACUUUGGGCCCAUUGGAGACUCUCGGACGCGAUGUCUCAGAGCCCCAGGCCGCGCCCAGCUUAGAUCCCACACCUACCGCGGAACCAUCUCAAUGA